AUGUCUUCGAAUGGCGAUCCUUCGAGGAUUCCUCCUCCAAAAUCCGGAUCAACCGAUGCUUAUAAUAUUUUGGCCUUGGAUGGUGGCGGUGUGAAGGGGAUAUCGUCGGUGAUUAUCCUCGACAAAAUCGCGAACACCGAGAAAGGCAAACCGACUGAUCUUAGAGACAGAAAGCCUGUUGAUUACUUCGAUCUAGCGGCUGGAACUAGCACCGGCGGGCUUAUUGCCCUGAUGUUAUUUCGCCUCGAGAUGAACUGCCCCGAUGUGAUUGCGCAAUACGAAAACCUGGCCAAGGAGGUCUUCCAGCCGAUGCUUGGAAAAAUUCCUCUCAAUAGCCUUGGAUCUUUCGGGAAUUGGAUUGGGGACAUCUGGCUGAAGCUCAAAGCCGUCGUUGGUCGAUCCCAGUUUUCCCAUCAGCCGCUCGAGAAGGCAAUCGACGCCGUAGUUGGUGGCUUUCCUCUGGACGACGAUGACCGAGCUAGAAAGGGAGAUGCUGUACUCGUCAAAUCGAGUCAAGGACAGAUGUUUAUGUGUGCGACAUUGGCCGAUAGAGGAGAGAGCGUCCUGCUGCGUAAUUAUGAGCCCCCCUUCGCACCGCUUCCGGUUUCCACAGGGGCUAGGACCCUCGAUUUCAAGGCUAUUACCAUCAAAGAAGCGGCUCGCGCAACUUCCGCUGCACCCACAUAUCUCAAGGAGGCCACAAUCCAAAAUUUAAAAUUCUGGGAUGGCGGUCUCCUGAACAACAACCCCAUUGUACAAGCGUGGGAUAAUCGAUUUGACCUCGUCUCGCGCGAUGCUCCAUCUCCUCAAAUUAAAUGUAUCGUGAGCUUGGGAACUACACACCCCGAGUAUGACGCAAACAAACGACCUGGAUCCGGUAUCAUGAGGUUCUUCAACACCAUCACCAAGACGGUCGCUUUUGUGACCAACACUGAAGCCAAGCAUCGUGACUUUGAUCGGAACAUGCGACAACGCAACGAGCGCAACCCGACUAGGAGGACUUCUUAUUAUCGAUUUAAUGCGUCGACAGGGAAGGACGAGAUCGAUCUAGAUGACUAUCUGAAAAUGCCGAAGUUGAAGGAGUACACUGACGUCUAUCUGGAGAAACCAGAGAUAGCCCAAUGGGUCAACGAAUGUGCAGCCUUGCUUGCGAAGAUAAACUAG